AUGGCCGACAUCGAUUCUUUUGCUGACGAGUUCGCUCGUCUCGCCGUCACAGAAGGCCUCACUAAGGGCAGUAAGGCGUAUCGGAACGGCAGGCGGACGUUCUUUGCCACCUCGGUUGCGACAGGGUUUGAAGAGCAUUUCGGGCAUAACGUGGCGGAUUUGAAGGCGUGGCAGGAUUUGUGUAAGACUGCAGGGAUAAAGGACGAGGACGUUCCUCAAAGCAUCAAAAAGUGCAAAAAGGCCCUCACGAGCAAGUUUGUGAACAUAGUGGACUUGGUUGAUGCGCGCCGCCAAGGAAAGGUCGUCAAGGCUUUUCAAUCCGCCGAUGCGUUGCGCAAAUAUAUUCAGAAGACGGGGAAGAUAUUCCCUAAGGAGGCGGCGAAAAGAAAUCCACUACUCAAGGCUUUCUUGAUCACGGUGUUUUGA